CCUCGUGUCAUAACAUGGUUGCCUUUGAGCUGAGCAAUCUGGCAAUGACACCAACCCACUGGCAGUUGAUUUAAAAGCGUGAACCGAGGACUACUUCGCCGUCGCCAUGCCUCGCUACGAACUGGCCCUGAUCCUGAAGGCGAUGCAGCGGCCGGGGACAGCGGCUGCUCUCCGGCGGACAGUGGAGACCUUGAUGGAGCGGGGCGCCGUGGUGAGAGACCUGGAGAACCUGGGGGAGAGACUGUUGCCCUACAAGAUAACCAAACACAAUGAGAGGCACAGCCGAGGGGCUUACUUUCUGCUCGGUUUCUACGCAGCCCCCAGCAUCCUCCCCAGCUUGCUGAAUCACCUGCACCGUGAUGUGGACGUGGUGAGGCCCACUGUGCUGAAGAAGGACGACCAGGUUCCCAGCAGUAACUGCUGUGGCCCACAACAGUGAUUGAAUGAAUGUUUCCUCUGCUCAUAUCCAGACCAUGUACAGCGUGAUGCUUCCCUCUUUUACCUUUAACAUAGGUGUUGGCCUACAUUUGGUUAUGUCAUAAUAAAUUACU